UCAUCUGCUUUAGCCUACCCAAAAAAAAGAAUCAUCUGCUUUAAAAAAUCCUCCUCGUGGUCCAUUUGAUUUGCUUAUUAAAAAAGAUCCAAUCGCAUCGAGCUCACUCUUCAUCAUCUUCAAUCUUCACCUACCCUUCUCUCUCUCUCUCUCUGUAACCCUCGUGGUAAUCUUGCUUUUUUUUACUUGUUGCCGGCGCCGGAGAGAGUGAGAUGACUUGGGCAGCCUUCAGAUCCAUAAACUCACCAUCACUCGACCUCUCCACCGCACUUCGCUCCACUCGUACCCCAUUGGUCGCUGCUGGUGUUGGCUGCGCAACAUUCGCUGGUGUUUCUCUCUUCAGAAUGUCUUCCAAGUCUCCUCCUUUCGCUUCCCUCAGUGUCUCUGCUUCUUCUGCUAAGAAGGAAGUUGUGACUACAGAUAAAGCACCAGCUGCUUUAGGACCAUACUCUCAGGCUAUUAGAGCCAAUAAUCUUGUUUUCGUUUCUGGUGUUCUUGGACUCGUACCUGAGACUGGAAAGUUUGCUUCAGACAGCGUUGAAGAUCAGACUGAGCAGCUACUCAAGAACAUGGGAGAGAUAUUGAAAGCUGGUGGUGCUAAUUAUUCCUCGGUGGUGAAGACAACAAUCAUGCUGGCUGAUUUGGGUGACUUCAAGAAAGUAAACGAGAUAUACGCCAAAUACUUCCCAGCUCCUUCUCCAGCACGAUCCACAUAUCAAGUGGCAGCUUUGCCUCUAAACGCCAAGAUUGAGAUCGAAUGUAUUGCAACACUCUAGAACACCAUCAAAUCUCUCAAUGAAGGGUUUAUUUGGUUCAGAAGAUGUCAACAACAAAUAAGAGACACAAUGGCUUAGAGGCUUAUCUUAUCAAAAACCCAUUUUUCACCUAUUUUCUCAUUUUCCUGCACUACGAAUAAAAUGUUGCGAAUUAUCUAUCAUCAACCAUUGGGCUGGUUGCAACACCUAAAAGCCCUUAAUCAAGAAUAAGUGAUUUAUUAUUAGUGUUGUUUUUGUUUUGGUUGGACCUUCA